UAAUGCACAUUCAAGUCUUCGGGCCCGGUGCCGUCAAUCAAAUAGAGAAGAAGAAGUAACCCGGAAGUGGUGUUCAGCGUGAAGGUCUACUUUUGAUGGGCUGGAAAGUCAUUUUUUUUGUUUUUUGACCAGAAUGGGCGUAAAAUUAGAAAUAUGCAAAAUGAUCUUCUAUGUCACUUUUCCCGUCACCAUGUUCUGGAUCUCCAAUCAACCGGACUAUUUUGAGGAGUACGUCUUGAAGAAGAAGAGGGAGAUGUUACCCCCUAAUGAGGCCCAGCGGAGGAAAGAGUUUGAGGAAUUCAAGGAGAGGAUGCGAGUUCGAAGCGAGCAGCGGCUGUCGAGACAAAUCUCCAUGGAGUCCGAGAACUAAGAUUAUUUAGUGAAAUGUGUAUUGUAUAUAUUGCCCAUGCACAUGUGUCCCAAUGAUGAUGAUUUUUGAAGUACCAAAAUAUCUUAUUACAUCAUUGUUAUGAAGUCACUUUGUGCCUUUGGACUUUUCUGUUUAAUUUGUAGUUGCACCACAUGUCAUUACAAGCAAAUUAAAUUGUUUAUUGGAAUGAUUUGUUUCAUCACACAGUCCAGAGUUAUCUGUAAAUAUGCAUCUUAAUAUCCUCCUAAGAUCUCGCAAUGGAUUAUUAGACAAAAAACAUGUUCUAGAAUAAAAGCUGUAGCAUUGUGAAGAGAAUGUCUCAGAAUUUCCAGUGAUGUGGAACGUGGUUUUUCCCAAAAUGCCAUACCGGCUUACAUGAUUUAUGAAAGUUAUUAAAUUAUUGUGUUUUAAAAAGUAGAA